AUGUUUACAUCUUCAAAUCCAAGAAAAAAAGCACCCUUAGAUUUAUCAUCAUCGUUAAAUAAUGAUAUCGAAAUGGAUAUUAAUGAUAAUGAUUCAAUUUAUAAUAAUUCACAAGAGCCUUACUACCCAAUGUCUGUAGAUUCUUGUUCAAAUUUAUCUCAAGAAUCUGAUAAUAAUAAUUACUCUUUACCAUCGUCAUCUCAAUUAUCUGAAACUUUAAUGAAUUAUGAUAAAAAUAUCACUGAGAUUGUUGCUUCUUUACCUGUUGAUGUCAAGGAAUUUUUAUCGAAAAAUGAGAAAUGUGAAGGCGUUUUGAAUUUCAUGCCUGAAUAUGCAACAGUUUUUUCUGAUAAACAAUGUUUGGUUUGGAAAUAUCAAAAAGAAUAUAAAAGGUAUACGGCUCGAUCUGUAUCAUAUAAAUUAGAAAUGCCAUUAUCACUCCAUGGUCAACAACGAAUUUCAAAUCUUCCUCGAAAAUUACCAUUUGUAACUUUCAUAACAAAUUAUCAACAAUUAGGUUUACUUGCUUCUACUCCAACUGGUGAAUUCCGGUACUGGAAUGAUUUAUCAAAAUCAAUGUUUGAUGGGAUUCACUAUAAAGAGUUACAAGUAUAUCUUAGCGAUGAUGAUUAUAUUACUUAUUUAGCUUGUCAUCAAGCUGAUACACAAUCAAGAAAAGGAAAUUUAGCGAUAUUUGGAACAAAGAAAGGAAUGUUGUAUCAAGUGUUUUUGGUUAAUUCAACUGGGAAAAGUGUUCUUGAAUACACACAAUUAUAUCCUAAAACCACCACAUUUCGACCAUUAUCUUAUUUAUGGUCAAGCUCUGACUCAUCAUCACCUAACACUACCACCAAUACUACAAUCAAAGGAAAAUAUUUAUUAGGACAAGAGAUCUACAAAACUAUUUCCAAAGCAUUACUUGGAAAUGAAAGUUUACAUGAGAAUAUGGAUCUAGAUAUCAAGCUGAUAGACAUUGUAUAUGCACGUAAAAAAAUCGAAGCUGAUACAGAAAGUACUAGUUAUGAUAUUAUUCGAUAUCAAAUAAUACCUAAUGGUGGUCCAGCAGUAUUUGUAGCCUUUCCUCAUGCUAUACAUAUAACUACUUUAUUGAAAAAUGUUAAUUAUAGCACUACGGUACUACUAAGUGAAGCAACUGAUAUAAUUAUGGGAUGUUGUGCAGAAGGUUCUAAAUCAUUGUUUUUCAAAGAGGAUAAAGAUGAAUCUCAAAUUUUGUUUUUGACAGCUAAAAAUGGCAUAAUGAGAUGUAAAUUAAAUAUUGCUGAGUUAAGACAAGAAAGUCAAGGAUUAGAAUUGGGUAGUAAAGAUGAGGAAAUUGAUAUUGAGAAUUUAAGUUCACAAAAAACUCAAAAUUUAAAGCAAAAAUUAGAACAAGUAAUAUAUAACAAAAUUGAUGAAAAUUUGCCUGUUUACAUUGCGCUUCCAGCUGAUUUUGAAGGUGAUCUUGACAUAGCAAUAUCUGAACUUAGUGAUGAUAUUGUAAAAUCAGGUUUAAAAUAUUUUGAUGAUAUUAUUGAUUUAAAAUCACAACUUAAUGAAAGAUAUAAUAAAUUAAAUAUGCUAAUUGAUUUAAUUAAUAAAAGUGGAUUAUCAAACAAGCUUCAUUUGUCAACAAGAAACCAUUUGUUUUGUAAUUCAGAAAAGAUAGCAACAGCUAGUAAAUUAUGGAUGUAUCAUAAUUCACUUAUUCUUUCAUAUGGGGGUAACGAAAAGUAUCAAUUUGUUUUAGAAGAAUUAAAAGAAGCAAUUGAAAAUUAUAAUAACAAAUAUAAUAGCAGCAACAAUAAAGUUGAAAAGAAAUUAAAUGAAAUGACAAACGAGGAAUUUAAAGAACAGCUAGUUGGUUUGGUCAGUUAUUUUCUUGCUAUUACUAUUCAACAUCUUAAAAUAGAUGAUUUUAUAAUACAAAGUCAAGCUAUGCAGUAUCAUAAUGAAUGGACAGACGUUUUAAAAAGAAUUGCAAAGAUUGGAAAAGCGGAAAAGGCAAUUCUAUUAGCUGAAGAAUAUGAUGACUUCAAGGCAUUAGUAAACUUGAUUUUUGAAUUCAGUCAAAAUAUAAAGGAUUAUAAUAAAAAAUAUUUAAUAAAAUAUAAAAAAAAAUAUGCUUAUAGAUUGUAUGAAUGGUUUAUUGAAAAUGCAGAGAAUUAUGCUGAAUUAUUUGAACAAGAAUAUUUGAUUGAGGAUAAAGAUUGGCUUGAAGAUUUUUUAAAAGAUAAAAAUUUAAAAGAAAUUGCCUGGCUACACUAUAUAAAGAUAGAGAAAUACAAGGAAGCAUCUACUGAUCUAUUAAAAUUAUCACAAAGACAAAAGAACAGUGAUGAAAAAAAGGUAAUUAGGAAUGGUGAAAAUAGUAAUUAUGAUGCGAGCUUAAAUCAAGAAACAGACCUUGGAUCAGAAGAAAUACAGAAAAAUCUAAAACAAUUUGAUAAUAAUAUUAUGGUUAUUGGUGCAUAUGAUGAUAUAAAACAAUCAAUCGUUAACAGUAUUGAGAUAAUUGGUGAUUUUAGUAGUGAAAAUUCUAUGAUAUUAUCAACAAUUAAAGUUAUAUCUAAUGAAAAGCCUGCAUUAGCACAACUUUUCGUUUAUUAUGCAUCACGUUUAUUAAGGGGUGCAACAAUACCAACAGAUAUGUUAAUUGAACUAGCAACGCUUCGAGAUAUUAAAGAAAAAGAAGAGCUUUCUAUGAUUAUUCAAGUAUUGACGGAAGAUUCCAAUAAGGAUUUAUUUACAUGA